AUGCCCGCUGUCCCCUCCGCCGCCAGCAUCAGCACUGAGUCCCAGCUCCAGCCGCUCGACAUCUCCCUCAGCACCUUACCCAUGUCCUCCCCGCCCGUCGUGCGCGCUGCCCCCCGUCCCCCGCAAGCCGGGCCCUCCUCCGCCGUCUACGGCUACCCUACCGCACCGAUGACCUACCCCGCGCCACUCACCUUCCCCACCCUCGAGUCCGCCUUCCAGUGGCCGCCAUACCCGAUGCCCGCCGAACUCGCCGCGUACGGACCAUCCUAUCACGAAGGCAGCAGCGCACUACCGCCAUGCCCACCCUUCCCGGACGUCAUCCACUUCCCGCCCUCGCCGUCCGACUCGUGCUCCUCGAUGUCCUCCUCCGCGCUCACCACCCCCUCGCCCUGCACGACCCCGGAACCCAUCCACGUCGUCUGCGCCGUCCCCCUCGUCGCGCCCAAACCGCUCCCCUACCACUCCCCCACCUUUCUCCGCUUCGCCGACCUCCCCGACGUCGACGACGAUCUCUCCCACUCGCCCUACACCCACCGGCCGCCGAAGCGCAAGCGCGCCGACUCCUCCUCCUCCUCCUCCUCCCCCGCCGCCCCAGCAGCAGCAGAACCGGGAGAAUCGGCGAACAAGCGGCGCAUGGUCGCGCUCCCAACCGCGGCCCAGACGACGACGACGACGAAGAAGAAGAGCGCGACGACGGCGGCGUCUUCGCGGCACAGGAGGCCGCACGCCGGUCCCGCCUCUUAUUCCUCUUCUUCUUCUUCCUCCUCCUCCUCCUCCUCCUCCGCAGCCAUGCUCCUGCCCGCAGCGUCGUCGACCGGCCCGCGGGAACGGUUGCUCGCAUACGCAUCGCAGUACGGGAUCAGCGCGGGCUGGCGGUGAACCGGCGCGCCUCCUCUCUCUCUCAACGCAUCCUGCAUCGGUGGUAAGCGCUUUAGAAAGCGUUACCAAGCCAACCACUCGGUUCUCUACACUAGCCCGUGUGGCCUGCGUUUUCGCUAGAGCCGGACUGUCACGCUCGCCCAACGGGUUCCGCACGCACCUUAUACCCAUCUUUCUUUUCUUCUUAUCCCGUCCUGUCGCACGGUCCGUUUGGCAAGAAGAGCGAUUUCGGCCAUAGCCGGAUAUAGGAGAGGGGGGGGGGAUGGGGGCGGGAAAGGGGAGAUUGGCGAUCUUUACCGAGCUCAGGGCGCUACCGCACUUCACCACCCAGGCACGCCCGCACGCACGGACACGGCACGCUCGACGUUUUUCGAAUCGCCUCACAUGAAUCGCUGAGCUUUUUGGGCCCCGGAGGCUGUAAAAGAAAAAACAAGGGAGAAACGGAUCCCAUUCACCCGGGAGGGAGGGGGGGGGGGCAUGAACGAUGAACUUGGAACGGAUUUUACUUCUCGGGAGUCGGAAGCAGGAGGUACCACGGGAGCCCGGAUGAGAGGUCGCUCCCAUACGCCCGGAUGAAAGUGACACCUGAUCUCUUUUUCCUCAUUCAUCGCACGCAGACGCCGGAAACGGGGGGAGCGGGGGGCGGGGGGAAAAAGCGGCUCGGUUUCAACGAAGAAAGAAGGACCUUGCACAACCAACAUUUGUUUGCAUAUGCAGUAGUAGUAACCUCAUCAUCAUCAUCAUCAUCAUUC